GUUGACAUAAAUCCGAUUAACUAAGCAAGUUUAACAGCCUUAAUUGGAUAUCUAAUUAAGAGCAGCUAAACAAACUUGAAAGCCACGAUAUAAAUGAUAAGUACUGGUGCCUCUGCUGCGGUUUCGCUUCCAAGAGUAAAUCCAUGGAGCCUUCGUUCAGUGUGGAUAAGAGGUUGAAAACUGCUGCUGAAAGAGGAGACAUUGACAUGCUGUACAGUCUAAUCGGGGAGGACCCGUAUGCACUUGAUAACAUUGAGCGUAUACCAUUUGUUGAUACUCCUUUGCACAUAGCAGCUUCUGUUGGACAUGCCGAAUUCGCGAUGGAGACAAUGCUGUUGAAAUCAUCAUUUGCGAGGAAGCUAAACCAAGACGGAUUUACGCCUUUGCACCUCGCUACGCUAAAAGGGCAAACCGAAAUGGUGGAUCGGCUUUUAGUUGCCGACAGUGAUCUGGUUCGUGUUCAUGGGAAGGAGGGUAAAACUCCUCUCCAUUGUGCAGCAGAAAAGGGAGACAUUGAUCUUCUAAAAAGGUUUCUAUUGUCUUGCCCGUCAUCUAUUCAAGAUGUGACAAAUCGUAGUGAGACUGCUUUGCAUAUCGCUGUCAAAAGUAAGAAAUUCAAAGCGUUUUGCAUACUAGUAGGACGACUUAGAACAGACGUCGAUAAAGGAUCUGCUAUCCAGGAGCGCCAGACACUGAAUAAGAAAAAUUUCAUGGGCGACACUGCUUUACACAUUGCUGUAAAGACUCAUCAACCUGAGGUAGUAGAAGUGUUAAUAAACAACCAAGUCGAGCUAGAUGUCAAGAACUCACAUCAUUUGACUGCUUUGGAAAUCUUCGAAUCAGAUGACUCGCAGUCACAAGUAAACAACCGUGAAGCUCGAGAAAAAAUUACGAGAAUGCUACACCGUGCUGGAGAUUCCAAGUGUUCAUCUUUUUUCUGGUGGAAAUCUUCCACUAGUCUCACAAAUUAUGUGACUUCAAAUUUGAGUACCAUAGAAGGAGUUUCUAAUGCUUCACCAGCUCCAACUUCCUGUAAGCUUUCAGCCGUGAAUCAUGAAUCGGAUAGUGCAACAUUAGAAGGCCAACCUCAACAUAACAACGUCAAAUCUAAUGACUUACUCCCGCAUAAAUUCUCGAAAGUAAGGCAUCCGCUGGAAGGUUGGGUAAUAGAUAUCACACGUGGUAGAAAUAAUUUGUCCGAGGAUUCGCGGAAUAUGAUGUUGGUAGCUCUUGUUCUAAUCGCGACCGUCGGAUAUCAGGGCGUCCUGAGCCCUCCUGGAGGUCUUUCGCAGGAGGACAACAAUUCCACUACAACUCAUAAAAGUGUAUCCCUAUUCCACCCUCCGGGAAUCGCGGUUAUGGGGAACUGGAAUUUUCUCGUCUUCAUGUUGUCUAACAGCUUGGCCCUUGCGCUUACAGCCAAUGCAAUUAUCUUUCUCGUUCUACCUGAUCGGUUGGAAUCCCGAUGGUGGGUGUACACUAGAAACCUAUUGGCCAUCUCUACCGCUCUUUGCUAUUUAAUAUCCUUGCUUACAAUCUCACCAAAUGCCUUACUCUUUGCACUUGCAAUUGCAAUACCAGCAAUAGCCUUUCUUUUGAUACCUUCCGCUUAUGGUGUGAUCACGCGAAACUUGGAGCUCAGAACUGAAGAUUUGAUGAGUCCCGACAAUAUUACUUAUGGUCUAACAGACAUAGUUUAA